AGGGUUGAGUGAUAACAAACGAUUUUAUUUUAUUGUGCGAAAAAAUAUUUUGCCAAUCUUAUUAUCCAAAUAAUUGAUUUUUCCAUCUAGAUACGAUACAUAAUAACAGAAGCACGCCAAUUUCAUGGCCAGCCAGGGUGACAUGGAUGCAUGGUACGCACACCCUGUCUAUGCUCGCUACUGGCGGCAUUACCAGCAGGCUAUGAGCUGGCACCAAAGGCACAGGCGGGCAUACAGCAAGGCCUUGCAGGCUGCCUAUGGUCCCAUUCCACACCCUAUGUUUCCGUCUGAAAUGUGCCGCUAUGCAGACUGGCACAGUGAAGAAGAACAGGGCAGAGACUAUAGGAAAAGGGGACAGGGUAGAAGAGAAGAGAUAGAGGACGAUGACUCUGAGAGUGAGAAAGAGUCAGAAAGUUCAGAGGAAAGUGAGCUUGAAUACGAUGUCAACAACAUGGACAUUACGGCUGAGCUGCGGCAGUACUUUGCACAGACGGAGCGGCACAGAGAGGAAAUGAAGAGGCAACAGCAGAUGGAGGCAGAGAGACAUGAAGCCUAUGUGCCAGCUGACCAGGACUUGCAUGGUUCCUGGCGGCGCAGUGCCACAGCCCCAGCAGAGCGGCCGGGUGAGAGGAGAAGUGCUGAAAUGAAAAGGCUCUAUGGAAAAGAUGCUGCCAAGAUCCAGGGCAUGGAGGCGGCCAUUCAGCUUACUUUUGACCGCAACUGUGAUCGCAAGCAGCCAAAAUACUGGCCUGUUAUACCUUUAAACUUGUAGCAGGACUGUGUUAAGCUGCUUAGCCAGCAGCUUGUCUUUACUGUGUUUAUUGCUUUCUUGUGCUACACUAAACACUGGUGAGUGUAAACGUAUAGCUGCAAGACUGAGUGUUACUGAGUGCUUUGGAAUAGACUGGGUGUCUGCACCGGUUACUAAUUAACUGUCGUCUUGUUUUAUUUAGUUAAAUAAUAAACACAUUCUGUCUAAACUAAUGACACACAUGUUUUCUUCUGUUAAUUUUGAGUCAUUUGAGCUUAAGUGGCACAGAGGUCUGUUAUGCUAGCCCACCAUCGCCGAGAUCUGGGUUCCAAUCCUGACAGUGCUCUCGGCCAGUUGGGCGUCUACACAGUAAAAGCCCUGCGAUGGAUUGGCACCCUGUGCCCAUUGUUUCCUGUUUUAUCCGGCCUUGCUGCGACCCUGAUCGGGACAAAGAAGUUUAUGAAAAUAGAAAAAAUAUACAGUAUAUAUUAACCAACUUGAUUAAUUGUUUACAAAGUAUGUGAAUCCUAAUGUUAAUUCUCUGGUCAAAGCUCCAUUUGCAGCAAUAAUGUUUUCUGUAGCUGCCUAUAAGACUUGCAUAACAGCAAGAAGUAAUGUAAAUGUUUUUUUUUUUUACCAAUAAUAAAAAAUUUAAAUAAUAAGUUAAUAAAUGUUUAAAAGUUUCGCAUAACCAGCCCUUUUUUGGUCAAUUCACACUCUUAACUAGAUUGUUUUGUGAGAACAACAAUCUAGAUUAAAGAUGCAGGUGAUUAUAAGUGAAGUGGUAGCUUAGUGGUUAAGGUACUGGUCCAGACAGUGAUUAGAAGGUUGCUGGUUCAAGCCCCACCAUCACCAAGUUGUCUCUGUUGAGCCCUUGAGCACGGCCCUUAAGUCUCAGUCGCUUUUUAUUGUAAAAGUCAUUUGUGUCUGUAGAAUGCUAUAAACCUAAAUGAUGAAUUAUCCUGACAUUCGUCUAUAAAAACUAUAUUGGCAGUGCUGAGGCUUAAACCCUCAACCUUGAGAUUAAUAGUCCAUUAUCUUAACCACUAAUCCCACACUGCUCUGUCAGGCUUUCCACCCAGAAGGCUUAUGGCAUUGUCAGGGCUCAAACUUUCUGUGGUAUAAACUCUAUGGUGUUAAAUUCUUCAAGAUUAAAUCCUUUGUUUUAUUACCAAUAUCUUGUACUGUUUUUGUUGUACUCCCAGUUUUUGUAAUAAAAUGUUUCACUUUAAGCUUUUCCAAGGUUCCAUAGCUUGCUACUCUUCUCUUUUUCCACUGAUAAAAAAAUAUUUCACACAAUACUGUUUAACACUCCCCUGACUUUCGUAUUCUAAGUCUAUAAAGGAUGCCGGAGUUGUAUGAUUACUGCACAGCUCUUUCACAAACUGAUUCUUCCUAACUAGGUCAGACUCAGUACCCACUGCCCCCAACCCACAGCAUUUUCACUGCAUUUUCCUUUUUUUCUCUUUAUUGUGAUGUAAAGAGAGCUUGGCAUGCAUUGCACCAAAUUUUAUACAAUUAUUUUGAAUGCCAAUGAUGUGUUUUUACGUUUUGACAAUGGUAGUGUUCUAAUAAAAUACAUUAAAGUGGAA